UGCGCAUGCGCAAGGAAAGUUUCCUAAAGGAAGGCAAAGGGCAUUGCUUUGGAGAGCAGGCUUGAUGGGAGUUGUAGUCCUAUAGCAACUGGAGAGCCACACUCCUCUCAAUUAAAGUGCAGCCUCCCGCCUGUCUGUCCCAAUGCCCUCCUGGGCCGAAGAGGUGCUGGGCCUGCUCUCCAACCUCCUGCUGUGUGCCACCUGCCUGGGCUCCGCUUUUGGGACCUUCCAGAUCAGCCGUGGUGCCUCCACCGGCUUUCUUCUCCAGGCGCUGGUGCCACUGUUGGACCUGGCUGCGCUGGUGCUGCCCGCCUCCUUGGGGCUGUGUUCGGAUCCCACGGUGGCCACAGAGGGGUCCUGGGUGGCCACAGUGCUGGGCCUGCCUUUGCUGGCCUUUGGCUUCCACUGGCUUCACGGCGACACCUCGGCAGCCAACGCCAUCCUGGGAGGGGCACUCCUUGUGGCCGCAGCGGGGGGCCGCUUCUCCGAGGAAGGACAGGCUUUGGCCAGGCACUCCGCCACCGCCAUCACCGCCGUCACCAUCCUCAUCAUUUCAGUUUUCACCGGGAACGCUUAUGGAGCGACCGGCAGCUUUCUGGUUGGGCUCGCUGGGCUCUUGGAAGGAACUUUGUGGACAAUUUGGCCAAAGAAGGAUGCCCUUCGCAUUAUCAUGUCCGUCGCCAACCUGGCCUUGCGGAGGGCUUUCCAAACACAGCAGCAGGAACUGGAACGAGGCUGCGGGGGACUGUUUGCUUCUGUGUCGGACUGAGGACUGCGUGUCCUAGAGUUGGAAGGGACUCCAAAGGGCAUCUAGUCCAACCCCUUUCUGCCGGGCAGGAAGACACAAUCCAAGCCCUCCUGACCAAUGGCCUCUUCUCGAAGACCGCAACCAGACUCCCAGGCAGCAAAGUAUUUCAUUGUAAAACAACAAUAGCAUUUGGAAGUUCCUUCUAAUGUUUAGGUGGAAUCACUUUUCCUGCCAUUUGAAUCCAUUGCUCUGUGUACUAAUUGUUGCAUCCUCGAACAGGAACAGGACCCUCUAAUCCAGAGUUUCUCAACCUUCCUAAUGCCACGACCCCUUAAUACAGUUCCUUAUGUUGUGGUGACCCCCAACCAUAACAUUAUUUCUGUUGCUACUUCGCAACUGUAAUUGUACUCCUGUUAUGAAUCGUAAUGUAAACAUCCGAUAUGCAGGAUAUAUUUUCAUUCACUGGACCAAACUGGGCACAAAAUCCAAUAAUACAACCAAAUUUGAAUACUGGUGGGAUUGUAGAGAGGAUUGGUUUUUCUCAUUUGGGAGUUGUAGUUGCUGGGAUUUGUAGUUCACCUCCAAUCAAAGAGCAUUCUGAAAUCAACCAAAUUUGGAACACAGACCUCCCAUGACCAACAGAAAAUAUGGGAAAGGUUAGCUGGGUUUUGACCUUGAGUUUUGGAGUUGUAGUUCACCUACAUCUAGAGAGCACUGUGCACUCAAACAAUGGUGGAUCUGGACCAAACUUGGCACAAAUACUCAAUAUGCCCAAAUGUAAAUACUGGUGGAGUUUGGGGAAUAUAAACAUUGACAUUUGGGAGUUGUAGUUGUUGGGAUUUAUAGUUCACCUACAAUCAGAAUAUUCUGUUCUCCACCAAGGAUAGAAUUGGGCCAAACUUUCCACACAGAACCCCCAUGACCAACAGAAAAUACUAUGUUUUCUGUAUUGUCGAAGGCUUCCAUGGCCAGAAUCACUGGGUUGUUGUAGGUUUUUCCGGGCUAUAUGGCCAUGUUCUGGAGGCAAUUUUUCUCCUGACGUUUCGC